AUGGCUCGAGGCGUCUUGCCCUUCCCCGACCUUCCGAUCAUCAAUGCCGCCGACGUCGCGAACUCGCGCUCCGUCGAGCUCCUCCUCUGCAGAGACGCCGACAACAAGCCUGCACACGACUUUGCCGUUGUCAAGUUGUACAUCGAGUGCAAGCUGUGGCGCCGCAAGAGUAUACCAUACGUGAUCGCCAAGCUCGAAGAGCUCGAAAAGUGGGCGCGGCCAGUCAACGGCAAUGUGUAUGAGCUCGUCCGUGACUAUUUCGGCUUUCCGCCGUCUACUCUAUCAAGGCCACCUGCCUGGCGCAAGAAUGCGACUACUUCAGCCACGCCACCGCCCGCUUAUCCCUCUCAGAGGGCCCAGGUCCCACCGCCACCGCUACCACCUCUACCACCGGUGCGGCCUUCCGAGUACUCUACCGCACGGACGUCUAUCUCCUCCCACGGGUCGUCGUCCAACAGCCAUGUAUCGCAUUGCUUGUCGCCGACUUUUGCCGGGUUCGGGAAACCUGGCGUGCCCCCGAACCACCACGUCCACGUCGACCGGCCUGGCGCAUCGUCCUCCGCACCCGACAUGGACGAAGACGAAGACGAAGAAGACGAAUACGAAGACGAAGAAGACCUGGUUCUCGAGAUGCUACGCGACUAUGACACAGUGUUCGUCAUCGACGAUAGCUCGAGCAUGCGCAAAGACGGGCGAUGGGACGAGGCACGUUCUGCUGUGCGUUUCGUUGUCCACGAGGCAUGCAAGUAUGACGAUGACGGCAUCGACAUCUACUUCCUCAAUGCGAAGAGGGACCAAUUCGGCGUCAAGGACCCCGACUAUGUCGACAGCCUGUUCAAUGGACUCAGGCCGCGUGGAGCCACGCCAACGGGCACAGUUCUCGAGAAGAUUCUACUCGCAUACAUGAGCCGCUUGGAGGCUGCCACCGCCGCGCACAGACAGGCCGAGGUCAAACAACUGAAUAUCAUCGUCAUUACAGACGGCAAACCCACCGAUCACCCCGAGAGCGUGAUUGUCUCCUGUGCCAGGCGCCUCGACAGGGGUAACUAUCCGGCCCGCCAGGUUGGUAUCCAGUUCUUCCAGGUCGGCAAUGACCCGGACGCUACGGCCGCACUUAAGAAGCUGGACGAUAACCUUGGUUCAAAGUACGGGAUCCGUGACAUUGUGGACACGGUGCAGUAUAUUGGCGCGUUGACGUCAGCAGACAAGGUCCUUCUCGGUGGUGUGAACCCCCUUCAGGACGAGUUGGAGAUCGAGUCUAAUGGGCAGUGA